GGACUGAGACGACCAGGGUCUCCGGGCGAGGGGUGGAGAGUUGCGCGCCGCGGCCCGGCUCUGCCGCCCGCCAUGGGCCGCGGGGCCCGAAGUUUGCCAAGUUGGUCGCCGCGGGCCUGGGGCGCGCGCAGCAUGCGGGGGGGCCCGGUGCCGGGCUCGUGGGGCGCCCAGAUCGCCUGAGCUGCCCCCGCGGCCCCAAGGCGUGCGCGUGUGCGCGGGGGCUCGGGGGGCUCUGCUGAGCUGGCGCGUCCGGCCAUGGCCGCGGCCCGCUCCGAGCGGGGGCCAGCACUCCGGCUCCUGGGGCUGCUGCUGCUGCUGCUGGGGGCUCAGGGGGCGGCCUCGAGCGGGAACGCCACGGGGCCUGGGCCGCGGGGCGCAGGCGGGGGCGCGAGGAGAGGCGCGGGCGCCACCGGCCCCCCGCCGCUGCUGAGCCACUGCGGCCGGGCUGCGCUCUGCGAGCCGCUGCGCUACAACGUGUGCCUGGGCUCGGCGCUGCCCUACGGGGCCACCUCCACGCUGCUGGCCGGGGACUCAGACUCCCAGGAGGAAGCGCACGGGAAACUCCUGCUCUGGUCCGGCCUCCGGAACGCCCCUCGCUGCUGGGCGGUGAUCCAGCCCCUGCUGUGCGCUGUGUACAUGCCCAAGUGUGAGAAUGACCGGGUGGAGCUGCCCAGCCGCACCCUCUGCCAGGCCACCCGCGGCCCCUGUGCCAUCGUUGAGCGGGAGCGGGGCUGGCCCGACUUCCUGCGCUGCACCCCCGACCACUUCCCCGAAGGCUGCCCGAAUGAGGUGCAGAACAUCAAGUUCAACAGCUCGGGCCAGUGCGAGGCCCCGUUGGUUCGGACGGACAACCCCAAGAGCUGGUACGAGGAUGUGGAGGGCUGCGGGAUCCAGUGCCAGAACCCCCUCUUCACCGAGGACGAGCACCGGGACAUGCACAGUUACAUUGCUGGCUUCGGCGCCGUCACCGGCCUCUGCACACUCUUCACCCUGGCCACGUUUGUCGCUGACUGGCGGAACUCGAACCGCUACCCUGCUGUGAUUCUCUUCUAUGUCAACGCGUGUUUCUUUGUGGGCAGCAUCGGCUGGCUGGCCCAGUUCAUGGACGGUGCCCGCCGGGAGAUUGUCUGCCGGGCAGACGGCACCAUGAGACUUGGGGAGCCCACCUCCAACGAGACCCUGUCCUGCGUCAUCAUCUUUGUCAUUGUCUACUACGCCCUGAUGGCUGGCGUGGUGUGGUUCGUGGUCCUCACCUAUGCCUGGCACACCUCCUUCAAAGCCCUAGGCACCACCUACCAGCCUCUGUCGGGCAAGACCUCCUACUUCCACCUGCUCACGUGGUCGCUCCCCUUUGUCCUCACUGUGGCCAUACUCGCUGUGGCCCAGGUGGAUGGGGACUCCGUCAGCGGCAUCUGCUUCGUGGGCUACAAGAACUACCGCUAUCGUGCCGGCUUCGUGCUGGCCCCCAUCGGCCUGGUGCUCAUCGUGGGGGGCUACUUCCUCAUCCGAGGAGUCAUGACACUGUUCUCCAUCAAGAGCAACCACCCUGGUCUGCUGAGCGAGAAGGCUGCCAGCAAGAUCAAUGAGACCAUGCUGCGCCUGGGCAUUUUUGGCUUCCUGGCCUUUGGCUUUGUGCUCAUCACCUUCAGCUGCCACUUCUACGACUUCUUCAACCAGGCUGAGUGGGAGCGCAGCUUCCGGGACUACGUGCUGUGCCAGGCCAACGUGACCAUCGGGCUGCCCACCAAGAAGCCCAUCCCUGAUUGUGAGAUCAAGAACCGCCCAAGCCUUUUGGUGGAGAAGAUCAACCUGUUUGCCAUGUUUGGCACUGGCAUUGCCAUGAGCACCUGGGUCUGGACCAAGGCCACGCUGCUCAUCUGGAGGCGCACCUGGUGCAGGCUGACCGGGCAGAGCGAUGAUGAGCCUAAACGCAUCAAAAAGAGCAAGAUGAUCGCCAAGGCCUUCUCCAAACGGCGAGAGCUGCUGCAGAACCCGGGCCAGGAGCUGUCCUUCAGCAUGCACACGGUCUCCCACGACGGGCCUGUGGCAGGCUUGGCCUUUGACCUCAAUGAGCCCUCAGCCGACGUCUCCUCUGCGUGGGCCCAGCAUGUUACCAAGAUGGUGGCUCGAAGAGGAGCCAUCCUGCCCCAGGAUGUGUCUGUCACCCCCGUGGCGACUCCAGUGCCUCCAGAGGAGCAAGCCAACCUGUGGCUGGUGGAGGCCGAGAUCUCCCCAGAGCUGGAGAAGCGCCUGGGCAGGAAGAAGAAGCGGAGGAAGAGGAAGAAGGAGGUGUGCCCACUGAGGCCACCGGCUGAGCUGCCCCACCCGACCCCCGGCCCUUCCUCCAGCGCCGUCCCUCGACUGCCUCAGUUGCCAAGGCAGAAAUGCCUGGUGGCCACUGGGGCCUGGGGAGCCCCGGAGCCCUGCCGCCAGGGAGCCUGGACCCUGGUCUCCAACCCCUUCUGCCCAGACCUCCAGGACCCGUUCCUGCCCAGCGCCCCGGGCCCCACGGCCUGGGCUCAGGGCCGCCGGCCAGGCCUCGGGCCCAUCCACUCGCGCACCAACCUAAUGGAGGCAGAGCUCCUGGAUGCAGACUCGGACUUCUGA